AUGGCGGACUCCGGUGAUGCCAAACCUACUCCCUCGGCGGAUCAAUCUGCCUCGUCCGACUUGAGACCUGCCGAACAAGAGACCAACCUCGUGAGGAAUCCUCUGGGUGAUCCUUCGUCUGAAGCCCCCGCAAGUGAUGCCCAAGACACCAAAUCUACCACCUACACCGAAUCUGCUGCCAAAGCUGCCAGCAGCGCCGCGAGUACUGCCAGCGCAGCGGCAACCGGUGUCAAGGACUCCGUCUUCUCCAUGUUUGGUGGCGGAGCCAAGAAAGAGCGCAAAGUCGAAGACGAUGACAACGCAAAGAACGAGCCCAGCGGCAGUUCUAAAGCCCAGAAAAAGGAGGAUGAAGAAGACGACAAGGCCGAGGAGGAGGAAGCCGACGUCGAGUUCGAACCCGUAGUCCGACUAACCGAGAAAGUCGAGACAAAAACCAACGAGGAGAUGGAGGAACAGGUCUUCAAGAUGCGUGCCAAACUCUUCAAGUUCGACCGGGACUCGAGGGAGUGGAAGGAGAGAGGCACUGGCGAUGUCCGGCUGCUCAAGCACAAGGAGAAUGGCAAGACACGGUUGGUCAUGCGUCGAGACAAGACUCUCAAGGUUUGCGCAAAUCACUACGUCACCCCUGACAUGAAGCUUUCACCAAACGUGGGUAGCGAUCGCAGCUGGGUCUGGAAUGUUGCAGCAGAUGUCAGCGAAGGCGAGCCAGAGGCCCAGACCCUGGCAAUCCGGUUCGGAAACAGCGAGAAUGCAAAUCUCUUCAAGGAAGCGUUUAUCAAGGCUCAGCAAGACAACGAAUCCCUUUUCCAGAAUGUCAAAAUUGUCACCGAACAAAAGAUUAUUCCUGGUGCAGACAGCGGUGUCACGGGUUUCCCUUUGAGACACUGGUCUAUGAAAAUUUUCCUUCUUCACGCCGAUACCAAGCAGGAGAUCGAUGCAGACAUCUUUGAAUCGGUCACAUACAACCUCCACGAUUCAUUUGGCGACAAGGCAGUACAAACCUUCAAGAAGCCACCUUUCCGCGUCGCUGAAGAUGGAUGGGGUGAGUUCGAACUACGGAUUGACAUGAAAGAUCUCAGCGGCAAGGUUCACAACAUCGUCCACGAUCUCAACUUUGCCAACCCGCGCUAUGAGACCAAGCAGAUCAUCACCUUCAAGAACCCGAAAGGUGCUCUUCUCGAGGCGCUCCGCAAUUCCGGACCUAUUCCAGGGGAAUCCGCUGCCAACGGAACCGAGACCGCAGGGAAGAAACGCACAAGCGAGAUUGGAGGAACUCAGCAGAAGAAAAAAAAAGGAGACAGCAAAGUCAUUGACAUGGACAAGCUCGCCGAGGGCCUUCAGAAGCUCGGUGAAGAUGAUCUUCUCCUGGUUGUGCAGAUGGUGCAUGACAACAAAACUGAGGACUCGUGGAUGCGCAACGACGCCGAGCAGGGCGAAUUCCACGUCGAUCUCUACACACUUCCUGAGAAUCUCAUUAAGAUGCUCUGGGACUUCACAAACGAGAAGAAUGCCAUUUCAGCAUCGGCAUAG